AUGAGAUCCUGGUCUCGCAGCUCCUUGAUGCCCUCCUUCUGGUGUCCGUCGUCCUCGUCGGUGGCCUUGGCUCGCUUGUCGGCAAUCUCCGCGUCUCGGGUUCCGUCAUCCUUCCACUUGAGAUCGGGCUGGUUCUUGGCUAGCACUGCCUCGUCAAAGUCCUUGCCCUCAUUGCCUCCCUUCUUGGCGGCCUCCUCCUUCUCCUUGCUGAAGUUCUCCUCCUUCUCCUUGAUUGCAUCCACGUCGGCAGAGGGCACCUUGGCCGUCACCUCGGUGGCGUCAAUUGGGGGGAGAGCGGGCACCUCGUACUCCUCCUUCUUCUUGGGAGCAGGCUUGGGGGGGUUCGUCCACGAGUUGACAACGUAG